AUGGCGGAGACGUUGCAACCGUAUGUUUUAGCAGCAGUUAAAAGAUGUCUGGAUUCAGGUGAAUAUUCGGAUCUCACCAUCACAUGCGGAAGUGAUGUACACAAGGUGCAUAAGAUGAUAGUUUGCACUCAGUCCGACUUCCUUGCAGCCGCUAUCCGGUUCGGGGGUAAAGAAUCUAAGCAGGCAAAUAUCAACCUCCCUGACGACGAGCCGGCAAUCGUGAAGUUGGCAGUGCACUACAUUUACACCGGCGAUUACAUAUGUGACUCGCAAGAGCCGAUCAAUCUUUCGAGUCCUCUUACUUCUGGUGAAAAGCCAUCCCGCAAUGAAGAGGGUGAAUCCUACACGUAUGACUUUCCACACUCGUGUAGCGAUAGGGGACGGAGAAAACAGUGUCUUCCGCUCUGUCCUCAUCACCAGUGCGGAGCUGGUUACUGCGAUAAUGAAUGCUUUGACUUUUUAUGCCGUUCCUGCGAGGAUGGGGAUUACAAUGCUCGCAGUAAUCCCAAACAUCUAGCCGAAGAUCUCCUUGUUCAUACAAAGGCGUAUGAGAUAGCCGAUAAGUAUAACAUCGCAGGCUUGAAGGAACUCUCGAAAGCGAAAUUCAAGAAAGGGUGUGAGAAAUAUUGGUAUACCAAUCCAUUCAGAGUUGCUGCAAAGUACGCAUUCUCUACAACUUUGGAGGAAGACAAAGGACUGAGAGAUAUUGUCAUCGACACCGUCGCUCAGCACACAAUACUCAUACGCGAGCCACAAAUUCAAGUGCUUAUGAAAGAGUUCGGCGAUCUGGCUCUUGGUGUCCUGUUGAAGAAGGCGGAUCACUCCCUAACCUCAGGCCUCUCCUCCGACCUCACCAUAACCUGCGGCCCCGACUCCCACGCCGUCCACCAGCAAAUCAUCUGCCCACGCGCCGAAUUCUUCGCCCGAGCCCUAAAAUUCGGCGGUCAAGAAACCUCAACAAGCGAAAUCAACCUCCCAGAAGAUGACCCAGCGAUAAUAAAACUCCUACUUCAGUACCUCUACGAAGGCGACUACCACCUCCCUUCUUCCCCUUCUUCUCCUUCUCCACCCGUCCUCACAACACGGACAAAAAAAAGACCAACUCACACUCCCGCCGGCCUCCCUUACACCUACGACUUCCCCCACACCUGCCAUCCCCCCCUGACCCCCCACACCCUCUGUCCCCACCACACCUGCACUUACACCCGUUCCUCCUCCCAACCCACCCCUUGCAACUACACCUGCACCUCCUUCACCUGCCCCCUCUGCACCUCCCCUCCACCCGCACCCGCACCUUACGCCGGCAGCCCCGCCGAUCUCAUCACACACGCCGAACUCUACGCCGUAGCAGACAAAUACCAAGUGCCCUCGUUGAAACCUCUCAUCGUCAAACGGUUCUCGCACGCGUGCGCAAGGUUCUGGGGCGAGCCCGAGUUUGUGGAUGCGGCGAGGUGCGUGUUUCAGAGUACGCCCGAGAGGGAUGGCGGGUUGAGGCGGGUCGUGCUGAAGACGUUGUUUGAGCAUUUGGGCGUCUUGAUUCGGAGCGAGGGGGUGGCGCGGUUGGUGAGGGAGGAGGCGGAGGUCGCGGUUGGGGUGUUGAGGUUGUGUGGAGGGAUUUGUUUUUCAAUGCAGAAGAGGAGGAAGAGGAGGAAGAAGAAGAAGAAGAAGAAGAAGCGAAGCCGCUAA